AUGGUUGAAUCCACGCGAUCGUCACUGCCACAUUCACACGGCUCUGCAGAUUCCUCAUCCAUUUCUGAGCGGACUAGAAAGUCGAGGCACGAUUUGAGGGCAACUGGCAGUUAUGUCGGUUCGGAAUCGAGAAAUUUGGCUUCUACAUCCCGCAGAGAUUCACACAAUCACACAUCGGGGAACUCGACGGGAUCCAUUUCAGUGAUCGAUUUCGAUCCCACGCUCCUUUCAGUGGACUUUUACUGCAACUACUGCAACCAAUCUUUAUCGGUGGGUGGCUGCAGAAUACGGUGUGCGGAGUGUGUGGACUACGACCUGUGUAUUUCCUGCGCAAGCAAGAUGAAAUACACUGAGCCUCAUCAGUUGGGGCACAACUACGUGCCAAUUGGGCCAAACUCAUUUGAGUUAUUCUCCGAAGGAUGGAGCGCCGACGAGGAGCUAAUGCUCCUGGAGGGCAUCAGCAAGUACGGCUUCGGCAACUGGAAGCAAGUCUCUGAGAUGGUGAACAAGGUCAGCACGAAGUUUAAGACGCCCUCGGACUGCGAGAGCCACUACUACGACGUGUACAUAUCCUCGGCCUCAUCCCCGUACCCGAACGUGAAGAGCCUGCGGACGCCAAUCAGAUCUGCGCCGACCAGGGAGCACGUGUUCAGCUACUUCGACCAGGUGGUUGCGAGUCACAGGGUCGUGGAGCACCCGGACUCCGACGACAAAAUAGUGUCGUCCGAGCUCACGGGCUCCCACUCGACCUACAUCCCGCCGCCCGUUAACCUGCUCGAGUCUGAGCCGACGAAAUUCAAGUUUUUCCAGAACUUCACGGGGUACAACAUAUUCCGCGACGAGUUCGACACUGAGUACUACCCCGACGCGGAGCUCAUGCUUAAGGACGUGGAGUUUGAGCCCUGGGACUCGCCCUCCGAGAUCCAUUUCAAGGUGGCCCUGGUCGACCUGUACAACGGGUUCCUCGACGAGAGGAUCUACCGCCGGCGCGUCCUCAUGCACCGGUUCUGGAACGACUUCAUCGCGCGCGAGAACGCCAUGCAGACGAUGAGUGAGCUGGAGAAGAUGCUCUACUGGCGCCUCUCGCCGCUCCUCAGGUUCCACUCCGAGGACGACCACAUCAAGCUCACGAAGCUCCUCAUCGCCAAGGUGGAGCUCGAGAAGCGCCUCGAGAUCGUGCAGCAGUGGAACUCGCUGGGCCUGAAGACGAUUCGCGACGUGCAGGAGUUCGACUCGAACAAGCUGAGCGUCAAGGGCUCAGGUGCGAGGCAGCACCCCUUCUUCCAGAAGAUCGCCGCCGUGCCCACCAAGAUCAUGCGCGACGGCGUCGUCCACAAGGACGAUCUCGCCGAGUACAUGAACGAGGUCAACGACCGGUUCUGCAACGACUUUUACAUCAGCAAGGCGCACCUCGACGACAUUCUCGCGUCGAUUUGCGCCGCUGAGCACGAGUCCGAGUCUGAGCCCGGCUCCGAGGACCCCCUCACGCACCUGUGGGACGUGCACUUCGACGACUUCGCCCUGGAGCUCAACAGCUUCCUUCCGAGGAUCGCCGGUCCGCCCAGCGUUGCGAACUUGCCUGAGAACUCGAACCUGCGCGUCAUUCUAAACCCUGACGUCUCUCAGCACGACCUUUCAGACAUGAACUUGGCGAGCGCAAGGUUCGGCGCCGUCAAGUUCAACACUCAGCAGUCGAGCGUCGUUCCUCACCGGGACUCCUUCCUCUACCUCACUCGUUUCUGCAGCGAUCGGAUGAGUCGCGUGCACAAGGGCCUCGGCAAGCCCAAGCGCCACCUGGGCUUUUUCUCUGCCAAGCGCAAGUUUGUCGCUCGCAGGUGA